AGGAUAAUUUCCAUGAAUAAAACCCUCUUAUCUUACCUACUUAAUAACCUACCAAAAUACAUUUGUUUUAUUCCCAUGUGUAAAAUGGAAUAUUUCAAUUUUCCAUUUUCUUUCUAAACAACCUAAUAUGAACUGUGCACUUAGAACUUAUAUGCUUAAAAUGGUCAAGUGAUGGGAGAAUGAAGUGGUGAAAUAGGCAGUUGAAAAUAUAUGUUAGAAGAUAGUUUAUGAUACAGUGUUUGAGAAUCUUGACUGAGAAAAUGCAUAGAGAAGUACAAUAAGAUUGUCAAGACGUGUGAUUAAUUAAAGUGAGAUAAGAUGGCAAAUUUGAGAGUCCAUCUCCAGCGGUUGCCAAUUGCUUCAGCACCUGUGCUGAGUCAGGUAUAGUCUGAUCUAUCCUGGACUGUGCUUGUAAAGUAUAGUGAAAUGAUCUUAAAAUAGAUCUGAGGGGAUUGUUUACUGUGAUUUACAGUAAAUAGGGACAUACGUACAUAGCAUCAUUCUUAAAGUGCAAACGAUUGCAUUGAUCAUAAAAUCCCAGCCGGGCACCUCAUUACAAUUUAGAGAAGAGGCAAAGAGAUACAGGAAGGUAAAAGGAAAUGACAUGCAAAUUUACUUUUUCCACAGAUGAAUCAUCAAGAAAAACCAACAAAAGAUAAACUAACUGAACUAAUGGAAUUUGUUCUCUUGGGCUUUGCUGACAUGCCCCAUCUCCAGUGGUUUCUUUUUGGAUUAUUUUUAAUCAUCUACAUCAUUAUCCUGAUGACCAAUGGCACCAUAUUUCUAAUAACAAAAAUGGAUCCUGCUCUCCAGAGCCCUAUGUAUUUUUUCCUGGCAAAUUUUUCCUUCUUAGAAACCUUCUAUGUAUCAGCUACUCUCCCCAGAAUGCUGCUGAAUCUUGGGACCCAGAGAAGAAGAAUUUCCUUAGUUGCCUGUGCUACACAGAUGUGCUUUGUCCUUAUAUUUGGAGGUGCAGAGUGUUUGCUCCUGGCAGUGAUGGCCUAUGACCGCUAUGUGGCCAUAUGUAACCCUCUGUACUAUCCGCUAGUUAUGAACCACAGGGUCUGUAUCCAGUUGGUGACUGGGUCCUGGAACAUUGGAAUCCCCAUUAUGACAGGGCUAACGUAUCAGAAUUUCUCUCUGCCUUUUUGUGGAUCUAACCACAUUAAUCACUUCUUCUGUGACAUUCCCCCAAUACUCAAGCUGGCUUGUGGAGACAUCUUUGCAAAUGAGAUGUUAGUCUACACAGUGGCUGUGUUAUUUGUUAUGGUUCCAUUUCUGUUGACUCUUGGCACCUACAGUAAAAUCAUCUCCAUCAUCCUGAAGUUGCCAUCAGCCACAAGUAGAGCCAAAGCCUUCUCCACCUGCUCAUCUCAUCUGAUGGUUGUGGUGUUAUUCUUUGGAUCAGCCAUUAUUACAUACUUAAGACCCAAGAGCAGACACUCAGAGAAAACUGACAAAGUGCUUUCUCUUUUCUACACUAUCCUAACUCCUAUGUUUAAUCCCAUGAUAUAUAGUCUAAGGAAUAAAGAUGUCAUAAUGGCUCUGAGAAAAUUGCUGUGUAAAUAG